AUGGCAGAUCUCAAGAUCACUGAAAAGACAACGCUGGCCUACCAGAAGUUCAUGGCAGAGGCUGACAAGCACGUCCAGAAAAUGCGACAAAGUUGGCAGAUGGAGGAAUUCCACGAGAAGUGUCGAAAUGAAUACGAGAAGCUCUUCGGCCGGGUCGGCCUUCGACCUCUGGAAAACAUCCGAGGUGGCAAGCCGAAGCCGCGGCCGAAGCGCCGGAAGUCCAGUGCCAAGGUCCUCCCUCCGCACAUCUCCUAUGUCCCAGAUGGUGGUGCGGCGGCUGCCCCAUCGCCCCUUGCAUCGCCGGGCGAGGAUAGCGUCAUCCUGAGCAUGAAGCCAGGCCCAGUGGUGGGAACCUAUACCAUCGCCGACAUCAAGGCAAAGUUUCAGGCGCUGGACAGGAACGGCGAUGGAAUUUUGAGUCGGGAGGAGAUGGGCGUGCUGCUUAGGAGAGGGCGUGACGACAUCACGGACGAGGAGUUGGGGGUCCUCUGGGACGACAUGAAUCACGAUGGCGACGAGGGCAUCGACUUCGAUGAAUUUGUCGACUACCUCUUCGGCCUGUACACCUCGGAUGGAGCGAAGCUGGACUGGCGAGGGGCAUCAGAGGUGUUCCAUGUCAUUGCCGGGGCCAGCAACAGGGAUUAUAUCACUUACCACGAGUACCUGGCGCUCUGUCGCCAGCUCGACAUCCUGGACGAUACCGGCUUUGGCAUCACCGAGGCCAUGGCGCUGUUCAAGGAAUGCAAGGAGUCUAAGCGUGGAAUGACUUUCGAACGCUUUAAGCUCUUGGUCAAGAAGGUAUCGAAGAAGAAAAAUGUCCCUCUGCGGACAGUCGUCAACUGGAUCGCUUCCUUCACGCCCGGUCGUGCAAACGAAGACAUCGCAGAUACCUGGACUGCUUGCCACAAGCAGUAG